ACAAGACACAUCGUUAAUUCAAACCUUGCACUGCAUGCCAAAUAGUUAGUUAGGAUAAGAGUUGUGUCUGUAUGCAUGCCAAGCAUCAUCUUGCCAUUGUUCAACAUUCACCAUUACUGCUUCCCAGCUUCUAUCCUCUCAAUCCACAUAGCACCCUCCAUGUCUGUUUUAAAAGGAAAGAUCACUUUUGUAGUGACCCAAAAUGGAUGGUACACGUGAGUAAGCUUGGCAGUCGACCACUCUUCAACUCAUCCCAACGUGUGCUACUCACAAAAUCUGCAGUUGGAACUUGGAGUGACGGGGUUAGCCUCUGAAGCGUGUGGCAAAACAAAGAAGGCUGACCGCGAUGGCACACAACCACCGUAGUCAUGACCAAUAUCUAUCUUACACGAUAGGUGAAGUCGGCCGUCAAAUGUUCAACAAAAGCAGCAGCGAUGCAAAAGCAAUUUGAACAUCAACGAUUUAGUCACGGACGUUGAUUUCGGUUCAUUCAUGACAUCAUCAGGAUUAGGAUUAGUUUCUCUUUGGAUGAGAACGAGGGAGCUAUAGACCAUCAGCAUCAGGCAGUCCCUGCCUGUGUAUCGAAUAUGCUCUGAUCUAAUUUGACCGGAAAAGGAGAAUGACUGGAUCGGUCCAGUCGGGUUCUCCAAAGAUUGGUCGUACAAUUGACCGUCUAACAAUGGACGCGUGUCCCCCACUGCUCCUCCUAUUUAAGUGCAUUGCUCCCUCGCAUUCCCAAUUUGAAGAAGAAACAAAACGCCCUCAGCAUACGACUCCCCCCACCUCCAUUAUCACCUUCCAUUGUUGGCAGAGCCGAUCGAGCUUAUCACAGUGAGAAGGAGAUGUGCAAUACCGCUCCGCCCUCCUCUUCUCCCCCCUUCCCUUCUCUCACCAAAUCUCAUAUUUUGAACAGCACUGCUCCUGAUGACCUCCAUCGCCAUCCGACUCUCUCUGAGUUAGCGGAUGAGAUGCGCGCCAUCGGGAAGAUAUCGGUGCCGGCCGCCGUGACGGGGCUCAUGCUUUACUCGCGCGCCAUGAUUUCGAUGCUCUUCCUCGGGUACCUCGGCGAUUUGGAGCUGGCCGCCGGUUCGUUGGCGAUUGGGUUCGCCAACAUCACCGGCUACUCCGUGCUGUCCGGGCUGGCGAUGGGCAUGGACCCCAUCUGCGCACAGGCCUUCGGCGCCAACCACCACAGACUCCUCGGCCUCACCCUGCAGCGGGCCACGCUGCUUCUUCUUUCAGCCUCCCUUCCCAUCUCCCUCUUGUGGCUCAACGCCCGCUCCGUCUUGCUCCGCUGCGGCCAGGACGAGCAAAUCUCCUCCGCCGCGCACGUCUUCAUCACCGCCGCCGCGCCCGACCUCCUCUUCCUCUCCUUCCUUCAUCCGCUCCGCGUCUUCCUCCGUGCACAGAACAUCACCCUCCCUGUCACCUACUGCUCUUUCUUCUGCGCCGCGCUCCAUGGCCCGCUGACUUACCUUCUGGCAGUGCGCCUCCGACUUGGCAUCGCCGGCGUGGCCGCUGCCAUGAUCUGGACCGACCUUAACCUCCUCACCUGUCUGUUGCUCUUCCUGCUCUGCUCCGGAGCGUGCCGAGACACCUGGCCCGGCGGCCCCUCCGCCGACUGCCUCCGCGGGUGGCCGGCACUGCUCCGACUCGCUGCUCCCUCGUGCGUGUCCGUCUGCCUCGAGUGGUGGUGGUACGAGUUCAUGAUCAUCUUCAGCGGCCUCCUCGCGCACCCCCGUACUGCCGUCGCCUCCAUGGGCAUCCUAAUCCAGACCACCUCCCUCGUCUACGUCUUCCCCUCAGCGCUCAGCUUCGGCGUCUCCACGCGCGUCGGCAACGUGCUCGGCGCCAACCUGCCCUCCAAGGCCCGCGCUGCCGCCACAGCAGGUGUCGUCUGCGCGGUCGCGCUCGGCCUCGUGGCGACCGCGUUCACGGCGUCGAUGCGGCACCAGUGGGGACGGCUGUUCACCCGCGACGCGGAGACACUGAAGCUCACCGCGCUCGCGCUGCCCAUCACCGGACUCUGCGAGCUCGGGAACUGCCCACAGACGGUGGGCUGCGGCGUGCUUCGGGGGAGCGCGCGGCCCGCCACUGGCGCUAACAUCAACCUCAGUUCCUUCUACCUGGUGGGGAUGCCCGUCGCCGUGCUCCUUGGCUUCGUCGGCAAGAUGGGUUUGCUGGGCCUGUGGCUGGGGCUCCUCGCGGCGCAGUCCUCGUGCGCGGCUCUCAUGGCCUUGGCACUCACCAGAACGGAUUGGAUAGCGGAGGCAGAGAGAGCCAGAGAAUUGACCAAUUACCCUAAUUCAAAUUCAUCUUCAACCAUUCCAAUUUGUGUUCCUGCUUCGGAUGACGUAAUUGAUGCCACAACUCCUCUGUUUACUAAUUCCAUGGGAGCAGAGAAGAAGCCUACAGCUCUACAACACGUCUUAUCCGUGAUUCACGAAGAUGUGAAGACGGUAACUAGUGAUUCAGAAACAGCUCCUCUCUUUCUCAGUAUCGAUUGAACUGGGUUCAUCUAUUCAUUUAUUUUCCCUUUUUGUUUUAUAAUCAGGUUUUUCUUGUAAACCUAAUCCCAUUCAUUCCUCUUUUUGUUUGUUUACCUUAAUUCACCGACUGGAAGCUGCGACCAAAACUAAUGCGAGGAAGAUCAUAGACAGCGACGUCAAAAGUUACAACUUUUUGCGUUGAAUUCCCCUGUUCACAAAUUGGAGAGUAGAUGCUGCAAUCUACUUUUUAGCACUUGGAUUUAGUAGCUUAUUUGGAAAUUGACUUUUUUUUACUGGU